AUGGAUGGGACAGGAGGUACCUACCUUCUAUUCAACAGUAAAAAGAAGGUAUGUUCUGUUUUUAAGCCAUUAGAUGAAGAAGCAUUUGCUCCAUUUAACCCUAGAGGAUAUGAAGGGAAGAUGUAUCAGGAAGGGUUUAGAUCUGGAGUACUAUCUGGAGAAGGAGCCAGUAGAGAAAUAGCUGCAUACAUACUAGAUAACAACUACAAUAAUUUUAGUAGCGUCCCUUGUACUAUCAUGGUGGAAGCUUGUAACCCACAUUUUAAUAAUAAAAGCAAGCUGAAAUAUGUAGACCAUGAAAAUAAUCUCAAAUGGAAAUGUGGGUCUUUACAAGAAUUUGUAGAUUCUAGAGAGAGUGUGGGGAAUUACGAUUAUAAACAAUUCAGCAUUAGGGAUAUUCAUAAGAUUGCAAUUUUGGACAUACGGGUUAUGAACUUGGAUAGGAAUGAUGGCAAUAUUUUGGUGUCCCCUUUGAAGAGCCUAAAGGAUUCGUGCAACCAGUUUCUUUAUCGGAAUAACCGCAGCCUGGGCACGAGUAACGAGGACAUCCUCAAGCGGAUCGUCACCAUUGAUAAGAAGCCAUCCAGGUACAGCCUCAUCCCCAUAGACCACGGACUCAUCAUGCCGCACAUAAUGGACGUCGCGGAGAUUGACUUGGUUUGGUUCGACUGGCCCCAGACGAAGGUCCCCUUCGACGACGAGGAGCUGGAGGUCAUCUUCACGUUCGACCCGGACAAGGACGCGGAGAAAAUCCGUAACAAGCUCCUCAUCCGGGAGGACUGCAUACGGACCAUGCGCGUGUGCACGCGGCUGUUGCAGAUCGGAGCCCGGAUGCACCUGAAUUUGCAUGAAAUUGCCAAAAUCAGCACGAGAAAGAGCAUCGACGAGGAGUCCGUGCUGGAGCACCUCGUGCGGGACUCCAUCGUGCAGGCUUACCAAAUGAUGGAUUACACCUCCCUUAUGAGUACCAACCGGCUGGGCCACAUCCUGGACCUGGCGGAAAUCAAAAUUAACAAAAAAAAAAAAAACAGCAAAAUGAAGACGAUCGAGAAUAUCGACGAAGCAUUGAAAGGAGCAAACGACACAACUGACACAAAGAAAAUAGAAAAAGAGACCUGUCACUUUAGUCCCGUAUCGAAGGAUAAAUGCAAGUCGUUGGACUACAGCUAUGGGGAGUCCCUACCCAGUAGGCACACCUUCCAAGGUGUAAAAGGAAUAGAAACUGCAGAGGAUAAACUAUGUGGGAGCAGCUCCAAGGGGAAGGAAGGAAAAACCCCCCAUGAGAGUCGUGACAGAUCGGAAGAGACUUUAAAGUAUGGAACCUUUUGCGGGUCAUCAGUACAGCCUCCGGGCACCUCUACAGGGAAGGAUGAAGACCUACGGAGGGAUGAAAAAGUGCAGAUCGUUUGCGAGAGUGUAUCUCGUGCACCCGAUGUGAUUCCACGGGAAGAGGCAAAAGGAAGCCUAAGUAACGAGUUCGAAGCUAUGGAGAGGAAAGAAGAAAAGAGUGCCUACGAUAGCUUGUACAGGAGGAGGACUCCUGAUGUGGAUCUUAAUGUAGGAAGUGAACAGAAUGAGCAAAAUAAAACAUCGACCAAUUCGUUGAGCAACAGGAGUGAGUAUACGCUGGUGACUGCGAGCUCCAGUUCGUGCAUUGACGAGAAGGGGGGGAGUAAUUCCUGCAGUGGGGAGUCCCCCAAGGGGAGUGUGCAUGGCGGGGGGGGAAGCACGCCACGCAGCGGUGGAGCGAGUGGGAAGCGUGACGAUAAGGGUGACGAGAAAGGUGGUGGAAAAAGUGAUGAGAAACGUGAUGAGAAACGUGAUGAGAAACGUGACGACAAACAGGACAGCCAACUGGGCAGCCAACCGGACGAUCGCGCGCGAGUACACAGCGCGAGCGACCAAGACGCGAGGGUGAAAAUAAAAAAGAAGAAAAAGAAGAAAAAAAAAAAAAAGUAUUACGACAAGGAUGACAACAAGCCAGGUGAUGAAAAAAAGGAAGAGGAGGAGGAGAAGAAGGAAGGAAAGGAAUUGCCGAGUGACAGGCCGGACGAUGUGCCUGAAGAAGCACAGAAUGAGACAGCCAAGGGGGAUUUGCUGAAAAGCGGCGCGGAAGACGAUACGGACGACGAUGACGACGAUGACGACGAUGAUGAUGACGAUGACGACGAUGACGACGAUGACGAUGACGAAAACGACGAAGAAAACGACGUGCCGUUUAAAAAACCCACAGGAACUAUCAAAAGGAUAACGGAGAGCAGCGGGACGGCGUACCGCAGCAUGGAGAUGAAUAAGGUUAAUUCAGUCUGGGUGAUAAGAGACAAAAAUAAUAAAAUUAUAAGCGUCAAAUGGGAGAACAAAAUAUUUGAGAAGCUUUUCUUCGAGACGUUUGAAAAUUAUGUCAAAAGGUACAUUAACGAUUAUCACCCGGAGUGGAAACAGUAUCCUUACAAUGGGUCUCAGAUCAGCGGUAUCAAGCAUGGCUACCUGAAGAGCAUAAAGUGA